GGUAAGAAACUCCCAUAUAGUCUUGGCGCAGAUGCUGAAGAAGGAGAGGUUUCUGAUGAAGACAGUGCUGAUGAAAUUGAAGAUGACUGCAAGUUAAAAUUUUCUUAUAGCAACGGCACAACAGAGCAUCAGAUAGAGUCUUUUAUAAGAAAAAAACUUGAAUCCUUACUCAAAGAGUCUCAAAUCAGAGACAAAGAAGACACUGAUAGCUUCACUGUGAGGGCACUUUUAAAAGCAACACAUGAGGGCUUAAAUAUGAACUUUAAACCGAAUUCAGGUUUGAAGGAUACUAACAAAAAAUCCCACAGUAAACUCAUGGGCACCUUUGGUAAACAUAAGAAGGCAGCUAAAUCCAAGUCCAAACCUCACAGCACAUCUGAUGAUGAAGACUCUCAACAAAAUGUUUCUGGAAAAGAAACUGGACAAUUAUGCAG